AUGCACCGUAUCAAUUCGUGGGCGAAAGCUCACGCAUCCUCUCGUGACCAAGCCAAGCAACCUUCCAUCACAAAGCCGUCUCCGAACCAAAUACCCGAAAUCCCAUCCACAAAGGAGUCUCCCUCCACUCUACAAGAUGAUCAAGUGACUUCCAACGCCUCGGGCGAUGCCCCAGUGGCAGCACCCGUCGAGGAGGAACAUUCAAAUACAAAGCCAGGUCUUUUCAACCGCAUGCGCCUUGGCUCCGGCCGCUUCGUUAGCCACACCAAGGAUGCUAUCUGCCACAGCUGGGUUAAUGUCCUGUUGAUCUUUGUGCCUGUCGGCAUUGCCGUCGAGGCUGCUGGUCUGAAUCCAGCUGUCAUCUUUGCGAUGAACGCUGUGGCUAUCAUUCCGUUGGCGGGAUUGCUUAGCCAUGCCACCGAAAGUGUUGCCAGCCGGCUCGGUGACACCAUGGGUGCCCUGAUCAAUGUCUCAUUUGGAAAUGCUGUGGAAUUGAUCAUUUUCAUCAUCGCUCUCGUCAAGAACGAGAUUCGGAUUGUCCAGGCAUCUUUGCUUGGAUCAAUCCUGGCCAACUUGCUGCUGAUUCUUGGCAUGGCAUUUCUCCUGGGUGGCCUGCGAUUCCAGGAACAAAUCUACAAUAGUACUGUGACCCAAAUGAGCGCGUGCUUGCUGAGUUUAUCAGUCACCAGUCUUCUUCUGCCCACGGCCUUUCAUGCCUCCUGGAGUGACCAAAAGGAUGCCGAAAAGUACACCCUGAAGGUCAGUCGAGGUACAAGUGUUGUUUUACUGCUGGUGUACAUUCUGUACAUUGUCUUCCAGCUGCGGACCCACGCCUACCUAUACGCCAGUAUCCCUCAACAGAUCAUCGACGAAGAGUCUCAUCCGGGUGUUUUGGCGGAAUUCAUGAACAGCUCCUCCGACUCGUCCAGCAGCUCCAGCGAUGAAUCAGUCAACACUACCAGCUCUUGGACCACGGCCAAGCGAAUCAAGAGGGCCAUGAAAAAUCGCCGUCGCCGCAAGUCUAGCCUGAGCUCCAAGGGUACUGCUUCGAAUCAGCCCAUCACCAAGAAUCGUUCCGUGGAGGAGCCGCAGGCAUCAGCAGAUAGCUCUAUAACCAAUGCUGAAGUCAAUUCUUGUGCCAUCGAUUCGGUUGACGAACAUCGUUACGAUGCCGAUGACGAUGCUGGGCAACCAUCGGAAUUCCUGUCUCGAGACUUUGGUAUUCCCAUGGCCCAUGUGUCCAGUGCCCCUAGUGCCCGAGAGCGCCAUCGUGAACGCAGGAAGCAGCGCAAAGCGCGCAAAUUGAAUCACACCCGGGAUCAGUCAGGCCCUUCAACGGAGCGGGCCGAUGGAACCCGACCUUCUAUGACCGCCUUCCGUUCUACACCGGUGUUCACUGACCCCGUGAUUUCAACCCCCAGCGCAAUGGACGGGACCAAGCCGGCCAAUCCCAACGCUGAGCCGAAGAGGCGCCUGCCCUUGGGCCCCCUUCCUUCUUUCCUGUCCAACACUGUCUUUGCCUCCCCAGUGCCAGGUUCAGCCCCAGUGCCAGGAGCUGACGCUUCGCGCCCGGGUCUAUCUCGCAGCAACUCUCUACCCGCUCGGGUGGGCCGUCCACCGCCUGUGGGCAACGCUGUUCUUUAUGCCCGGGGGGCCGCCCGUGUGACCAUGCCCACUGACCCGGCCAGAACAGCCACUGAGGCCGGGGAGGCCGAGCCGGAGAUGUCCCGGACGGCUGCGAUCGUGAUGUUGCUGCUGUCCACGGGGUUGGUCGCCGUCUGUGCAGAGUUCUUGGUGGAUGCCAUUCCCGAAAUGCUGAAGAACUCCCCCGGAGUCAGUGAGACCUUCAUUGGUCUCAUUAUCCUGCCUAUUGUGGGCAACGCGGCAGAGCACGUCACCGCGGUCAGUGUCGCCAUGAAGAACAAGAUGGAUCUCUCAAUCGGUGUCUCUGUGGGAAGUAGUAUCCAAAUCGCUAUCUUUGUGACGCCGCUUGUUGUCCUGUUGGGCUGGUGCAUGGAUAAGAACAUGACCUUGUAUUUCACCUUGUUCGAGACCAUCUCCCUCUUCGUCACUGCGUUUGUGGUCAAUUUCCUCGUCCUGGAUGGCCGCAGUAACUACCUCGAAGGCUCGCUUCUCCUUGCUGCCUACAUCAUUAUUGCACUGGCCGCAUUCUACUAUCCCGGCGGCGACGAGGCGAGUCAAAUAGCGGGCUAG